CGGCCACCGUUGUUGUUCGCCUUUUGUAGUUUGAACAUGGCGGAGCCCAUUCUCCGGUUGUCAGGAACUGUAUUAGCUUCUCUCAUGUUCCAACAUGUGAACAGUGACUCGGACAUGGAGGGUUUUAUCCUGGGAGAGAGCAGGGUUGAUGAGCAGGUCACCAUCAGCGACUCGCAGUCUGAUCACAUUCACAUUGAAGAAGUUUACAAUAUCCAGAAGCACAUCGCCUGCCACAGACUGAACGCUUUGUACGCAAGCUCUGGGGAGGUGAACAUGGACGCUCUGCAGAAUAUGCUGGCAAAAAUUACGCAGGAUAAAGUGAUCGGCUGGUACCGGCAGCGCAGGCACACGGAGCAGCACGUGACGUUCAGAGAGAAGCUGGUCCACGAAAAGCUGAAGAGCGCUUUGUCAAACCCUCACCUGAUCUUCAUGCUGCUGACGUCCAGCAAAGUGACGCCAACUGGCUCCACUCACAGGAUGGAGUACUCUGCUUUCAUCUCCCGCAACAGGUGCCUCGUGAACAUCCCAGUUCUGGUCACCAACUUGGGUCUUUUGGAGCAGCAGGCCUACUGGAAGGUGCCGGCUCUGUGCUCUGCAGCAGGAUACAACCUGACCAUGAAGAAACACGGCUCCAAGUUCUUCGCAUCCAAUGGGCUGCUGAAGGAGGUGAAUGAAGUGAACAAGAUGAACGAGUCGCUGCAGGCAGAGCUGCAGAAAAUGUGCAGAGAUGUGGAGGAGAGCGAGUGUGCAGUUGAAGCGCUUCAGGCGGAGGUUUCAGCUCUAAAGAAGAAACUUGAGGAGAAGCGGAAGACUGCAGCAGGAAAAGCUACUGAAACCUGCAGUCCACCUGAGCCGAGGAACAACACGCUGCUGCUCCAAGCCGUGGAAGCUCUGUUCGGCUCCGCCCCCAUGCUCCUCACGCAGACUCUGAACCUGCAGGCGUGCCCUGUGCCUGAUGAACACGGUCCCACUGCAGAGAUGCACUCAGACACCGUACAGGAGUCGUUAAAUUCGCCACAGAAGAGUCCAGCACACGGUCAGAAGAGGCAGGGAGAGAGACUGCUGGGGAGGAAGAAGAAACUGACGAGGAGCAAGUCUUGAUUCUCCAUCAAACUCUUCCAGUUCCUUCAGCUCUGAGUUCAUGGGAUGUCACUUUGUUUACUUUAAAACCAAUACCUGAGAAAAUAAAUAGAAAUAUGUAGGUGACUUCUUUGGUUUCUUUUAAAUUGACCUCUUGGAAUUUUCUUUUAUCUGUGUCAACAAACUUUCAUUUUCAAAUUUUCCUUUUAUUUAUUAUUGUGGUGUCGCAAAAUUAGACAUAGAAAAUAGUCAUUUUAAUGACAUCCCUUUAAGAAAUUUUAUUUUAAAAGAAUAAACAUCUGCAUAUUUAUAUUCGUUUGAGGAAAUGGAUUUUAUGUGUUUAUAUGUAAAAGGGCUUACCAUGGUUGUUUCUUUUAACUAAGCACUUCCUGACAGUUGUUUUUGUACCGUUUUAUUGAUAAACAUGUUUAUUUAUUUCAAGUGUUCAGUAAUGGUUCAGCAGCUGUAAUGUUUAGAUCAGAACUGCAAUGCUAAGUUUUCUCUUAUUUCUCAUCCGAGUCCUCCGGCCAAAGGGUUCAGGCAGUUUCAGACAUUUUUUGUCUCAAUUUGUGAUAAAUGUGAAAUAAAGGAACCCCUGGUUUUUAUUCCUCCUCUUAGAAUAAAGAGACUUAUUACAACCUC